AUGACGGAAAUGAUGUCAACAUCCCAGUGGAUGCCUCAUAUCUACAUCCCGAAAACUACUCCGCCUUACAUCGUGAUAGGGUCGAUGGUAGACAUAAUACAUAUAAUCUUUGCUAAACUCGGACACUGCACCACAUGGGUCUUGGCUAAAGGACUCAUCUACGGGACGCAGUUGCCCAACAAGACUUGGUCGGGUCUAAUUGGACAGCUCAUGAGGCAUGAGGUAGACGUGACUGGAACACCGGUGAGUAUGACCGAUUCCCGAGCAAGGGCGAUCGACUUCAGCAUUCCUUUGUACAUGGACACCCAAGCAGUUGCGCACAAGAAGCCUGUUUACGAGUCAGACUUAGCCGGUUUCGUUAAGCCUUACAAGAACGAGAUCUGGGUUCUGCUAUUAGUGACAAUGAUUAUGGUGUUCUUCGUACUCUUGGCAAUUGCUCACAUCGCAUUUGGUUCAUCUCUCAAGAGCUCUGAAAACCGCAAGGAAAAAGCUUGGUUUGCAACUGACCUGACAAUAAUGCCUCUACUUGGACAAAAGUACCUUGAUAGUAGGCAUAUUAAUAUAACAUUAAUAUAA